UUGCAAGAGUCAUAGUGUCCACCAGGAAGUGAAAAGGUUUACAAUCUUUGAUUUUGUAAAAAAAAAUAGGUAUACCAGUUUGUUUUGGAUUAUGACUAACACGUCAUAACCCGAGCAUACAUCGUUGUUGAUUUGCCCUUCUCAACAUGUAUAGCGGACUUUUACCGAAAGGUCUGACCGAUGCAGAAAUGAGUUCAGAUGAUGAAGACGACCAAGAUGUUGCAAAUCAAGAAAUAGCCGCAGCUAACGUUCAACGUCCUGCAGUUGGACUUUCGCGUGGUCUUAAGCAAAAUUGUGUUACACUUGGAGACACAAGUUAUUCUUGUAUCCAGCCCUUCAUAGAAAAUGACCUGUGUUUGGACUCCUUACCCGGGAUUUCCGAUGAGAAUUGGCAAGAAUGUGAAGUGUUGCACCACCUUUCAAAAAAAUUUAAAGAGCAACAGAAGAAAAAAUGUGAGAUCAACACAAUGAAGCUCUCCCAAAAAAGACAGCAGAGAAAAGGACCAUAUAAGAAAGAUGAAAAAUCAGCAACUAAGAACAUGGUAUCAAACAAUGAAAGCAGAGAACCUCAAGCGGAGCAUGAAAGGCAUUGGGAUGGGCUUACGCAGUACUUUGGCAUCAAUGAUAGAUUUCAACCCCCUGCCUGUAGCAAGCCUGCUCCCAAGUCCAGCCUAGAAAAGAGCAUAGAGAGCGCCAUCGCUGAAGGGGACUUUGGGAAGGCGGAGGAGAUGAGCGACAGACUCGCCACUCGAGAGUUGGCUGUGAAAAUCGCGCAAGCCACCGAUUGCCGUGACUUUGUGCAAAGCAAACAGGAAGUGGAGGCUUCGCGGGCAGCCCAGAAAAGGAAGAAACACAUCGCUUGGGGGUUUGAAGCCAAGCAAAGAUGGGAAACCAAAAGCAACAUGGGCUAUAUGUGACUUUGUCUUCACUGAAGAGAAAGAAAAUGAAGAUUUGUGUAUUUUCUCAGUUAAUUUAAUGAUGUUUGUGUUAACAUUUUUGCUUAUGCAUAUUAUGUUUUCUUCACGUUUGUACCAUCAUGUUUGUGAAUUUGUCAAGAUACUGUACACAACUAACAAUAAAACAUCUAAUCUGUAAAAAAAAAAAGGAUUUUAUGGAAUGUUCAAAUAAAUUCUGAGCACUC